AUGACGGGGAUAUCAGGAUCGGAGCAGCAAAUCCCUGCUUCCGCAGGCCCGGAGGCGGCUGCGGAGUGCGAGAAUGCGACGAGAGACAUCACGACGGGGGAGGCGGGGUCAGCGGGGGAAGUGAAAACGGCCGGCGACGAGGAAAAGCCUCUCCUUGGUGUCGCAGGUGCGGCGGAAGCCCCGCCGCCAGCGGCGGAGACCGCCACAGCGGAAGGGGGAGAGAGAGCGGCGGCGCAGGGGGAGGCGGAGACGGGGGCGGUGCCGGCGCCGAUUCCGUCUGCUAAGCGGUUGCGGGAGGAGGGGGAUGAUGUCACUGCUACUGCUGCGGUUGCUGUAGGUACCACUGGCGCAGCGCGCGGCGGUGAUGGCGGUGCAGACGAGGCGCGUGUUCCAGGGGAAAAGGCGGGUGGAGCGGCGGCGGUGGCGGUGGAGGAGGUGAAGCCGGGAUCUCAGGAGGGAAUUGGUGGUCAGGGAAAGAAGAAGAAGGCACGGCGGCGGCGCGUGCAGUGGGACGAGGGCAACCUGGCGUACUGGGAGGAGCACCGCACGCCGCGGCAGCGCAUCGACGAGCCCAAGACGCCCUUCCACUCCCUGGGCCCUGACUCCGAGGAAGAGCACCUUCCUGGAAGCAGCACGGCAGGUGCAGCCACAGCAGGCAGAGGAACGGCAGGAGGGUCAGGAGCAGCAAGAGUGGCGGCGGUGGUGGGAGGGAGCAGUCGAGUGAGCGAGUGGACGUCAUCAGAGGACGAAGGGGAUCACUCGGAGUUUGAACGAUGGAUGGAGGAGCAAGGCCACACAUACAAAGACCCGGCGACUCUCGCUGCCGCUGUUGCUUCCGGCACUGCUCCUGCCUCCUUGCUUGAUGCGGACAUAUACUACAGCACAGGGAGGGACAAGGGGAAGGGCAAGGAGCCAAUGGGGAGCGUGGCGCCGAGCUUCAGGGAGCACAGGAAGCGGCACUAUGAUGAGUUCAAGAAGAUGAAGCUGCUGCAGGCUGAGAGGGCGGAGGCAGGGGAGGAUGUGGGGGAUGAUGGGAAUGGUCUUGUGCGUCAGGGGGUGGAACCUGCUGCUGUUGAUCCUGCUGCUGCUGCUGCUGCUGCUAAUGUGAUUUAUGCCCCGCCUUCCCUUCCCAUCCCAUCUCCUCGGGAACUGGCCACGACAGAAUCCAGAUCUCCUCAAAUUCCGCCAGCGAGAUCGGUCAAAAUGUCAUCGGACGCAUCGAAUCCGUCGCAGUACGUGAAGCUGAAGAAGGAGUACAUCACGGACCAACCAGACACGGAGCCCGGGGAGCUCAGCCAACCUGUGGAGGUCCCGCAGCUGGAUGUGCAGCGGUGCUUCGAGUGCGGCCAAAUCCUGCCGCAGUCGUACGAGCCGCCUCAGGACGAGCCGUGGAGCACGGGCAUCUUCGCGUGCUUCAAGGAUCAACGCAGCUGUAUCCAAGGUUUGUUCUGCCCGUGCGUCCUCUUCGGCAAGAACGUGGAGGCGAUACGCGACGACAUCCCGUGGUCGGCCGCGUGCGCGUGCCACGUGAUGUGCAUCGAGGGCGGCGUGGCGCUGGGCACGGCGCUGCUGUGCUGCCCCGCAUACAUCACGGUGGACCCGCAGACGCUCUUCCUGCUGGGGGAAACGCUCUUCUUCGCCUGGUGGAUGUGCGGCAUCUACACGGGGUUGUUUCGACAAGAGCUGCAGAAGAAAUACCACCUCAAGCUUUCCUCCCUCCGUCAUCUUUCUCAAUUGUUCACCUCUUGUUUCCUCGCAUCCUUCACAUCUCUCUCACCCCCGGCCAUCCCCUCUCUCCUCCUCUCACCCCGUCUCAUCCCCCUUCAUCGCCCCUCAUUCCCUCCCGUUUACUCAGAUCCCCCGCAUCCCCUCAAAUCCCCUCCCUUCCACCAUCUUGCUGCCCCCGCCCACCUCCUCUCCGCACUCCCACAGUCCUCCCCUCCCCCACACUCUCACCUCCCUCGUUCCUCCCCUCUGUCCCCAUUCCCCCCCUUUUUAACCAACCAGAACGCGCCAUGUGAUCCGUGUUGCGUGCACUGCAUCCUGCACCCAUGUGCGCUGUGCCAGGAGCACAGGGAGAUGGUGAUCCGCCUGCCUGCUCUUGACGAGGGGGUCAGCCUUAACCCACCACCACAGCAAGAAAUGGCUGCGGUGGGUGGUGAUGCUGCUGCUGCAGCACCCAAUGGGUCAGGCGAGAUUGCCAGGGAGAGCUAA